UCUAAUUUUAUUGAUACCUUAACUACGGUUUAUUGCAUAUUUACACAAUAAUCCAGCUAAUAGAUUUUAUUGCUGUGAUUGUGUUAUAAACAGAAUAAAACAUCACGGAGACGUUCACCACAAACAAGAUAUCAAGCAUCUAAAUCAAGCAAACUUCCUCAAUGAAGGUCAAAAUAAAGCAGUGGAACGCAGUCGCAACGUGGAGAUGGGAUCUCCCAGAAGAUGAUGUCUGCGGUAUUUGUCAAGUCCAUUUCGAUGGAACAUGUCCUACUUGCAAAUAUCCCGGCGACGAUUGCAGCCUUCUAUCAGGCAAGUGUGGUCACAAUUUUCACAUGCAUUGUAUCAUGGAAUGGAUAAAGCAGGACUCGGCCAAAGGGCAAUGCCCAAUGUGUCGACAGAAGUUUGAGUGGGAAACAGAAACAGGAGCAGCUCAACAACCAGCUGAAGAUGGCGAGCUAGACCUGGAUGACGCCUAGUGAUGAGAAGGCAUGAGCACUAUUAGACACGUUCCGGUUUCUUAUUAUAACUUCUGGUUUAAAUAAGAGGCUUCUAUUCUUAAUGUCUUGAGGUUAAUGGUUUUCUACUUGCGAUGGAGU